GGCAGCACCUCAUCACUGCCAUCGCGGACCAGAUGUUUGGAUUCAAGACAACUUCAUGGGAGCUGGGCCGUCAGCGAAGCGUCAUUGAGCUGGACACCCCCUCCGUGACAGCUGCUCAAAUCGAGGCCCUGGAGAGGAGCGUGAACGAGAAAAUCCGGGAGAGGGUCCCUGUGAUGGUGAGGGAACUGGCUGCAGAUGACCCUGAAGUGGAAACAGUGAGAAGCCGUGGUUUGCCGGAUGACCACGCAGGGCCGGUGCGAGUUGUUGACAUCGAGGGCAUAGACUCCAACAUGUGCUGUGGGACUCAUGUCUCCAACCUGAGUGACUUGCAGGUUAUUAAACUCCUUGGCACAGAAAAAGGGAAAAAGAACAAAACCAACUUGGUUUUCCUGGCAGGAAACAGAGUGCUGAAGUCAAUCGAACAAAGUCACAGUACUGAGAAGGCUCUGACCUCACUGCUCAAAAAUGGCCCAGGUGAGCACGUAGAGGCUGUGAAGAGACUGCAGAGCUCUGUGAAACUGCUUCAGAAGAAUAACUUGAACCUGCUUAGAGACAUUGCUGUUUUGAUAGCCCGGGACUUCAAGAGCAAACCCGUUCAGAGUCGGCUGUUUGUGUUGCACAGGAAGGAGGGUGACUCUGAAUUUAUGAAUAUCAUCGCUAAUGAGAUUGGGACAGAGGAAACCCUGCUCUUCCUGACUGUGGGAGAUGAAAAAGAAGCUGGACUGUUUCUUUUAGCUGGACCUGUUGAAGCAGUUGAGGAUUUAGGUCCCAGGGUGGCAGAGCUGCUGGGAGGCAAAGGCGCUGGGAAGCGAGGCCGCUUUCAGGGCAAGGCAACCAAGAUGAGUCGGCGAGGAGAAGCGCAAGCUCUGCUCCAGGAAUUCAUCAGCCAUCGAAGCCCUGAAGCGUAAGAAAUAGUUCUCGAAGUAGGGCUGUCUGCCCUGCUUUGCCUGAGCUCCACCAACUUCCCUCCCAGAGAAUAAAGACAUAAA